AUGGGUGAAAUCAGCCCUGCUCAACUUGAUGGGAUCCCGGCCUAUGGACUCCCCAAGCCUGCAAGUCCUGCGCGCGAUAUUGAAGGUGAAGUCGAAGGUCAAUGGAUUGAUCUGAUGCGUAUUUUACGAGGCCUAAAAACUGUCACCACGCCGGAUCUUGACGAACCCAUCAUCAAAAAGUCCACCGAGCAAGAUAUCGCCGAUGUUCGACACCUCAGCACCCCAGACAUUCCCCGACCGAUAUCCAAUGUCAUUCAGGAAGCAUAUUCUAUCUUCAACCAUCGUUCGCGGACCAAUCAUAAGGGCUUCUUCUCCUUCACGCCGGCAAAUGUCACGCCACUUACUUGGCUUGGAGAUGUCCUUGUUUCCGCGUUCAAUGCUCACUGCAGCGGCUCGCUUACGGCGGCGGGCCCUUGCGCCGUUGAAACUGAAUUGGUCAAAUGGUUUGCAUCGAGAAUCCAUUUUCCAUCCACAGCAGGCGGACUCUUCGUCUCCGGCGGAUCAAUAGCAAACAUGAUGGCUAUGACAGCAGCUCGGGACCAGAAGCUAGAAUGGCAGAAUUACCCCAAGGGUGUGAUCUACAUCGCGCGUCAAGCACACUACUCACACUUCAAAGCCGCCCGAAUCUUGGGAUUCCAUGCCCAGCAAAUCCGUACUGUGGACUCGGACACUUUCGGUCGUCUAAACACCAAUCACCUCGAACAGCUCAUCCAAGCUGACAAGCAAAACGGCCUCAUUGCCUUCCUUAUUAUGGCUACAUUCGGAUACACGGAGACCGGGCUGAUCGAUCCCCUCGCAACCAUCUCUGAGAUAGCCCAAAGAGAGGGUCUAUGGCUUCACGUCGAUGGAGCCUACGGCGCUUCGCUCUCCCUCUCGCUCACCCGGUCGGGUCUCGCUAGGCAGCUCAGCACCGCAGACAGCGUAUCGUGGGACGCGCAUAAACUUCUUUUCCAAACCUAUGGGUGUGGGAUGCUCCUCGUCCGAGACAAAUCGCACCUCGUGUCCAGCUUCCACGCCCAGUCCUCAUUCAUGGAUCAUACGUCUCGCGUCAAGGAAGACGAGCCCGAGCUCUGGGAUAUGGGAGUCGAAUUAACGCGGCCGUCACGGGCCAUGAGUUUGUGGUUCGCAUUGCGUGUUCUAGGAACCGAGAGAAUUGGCCAAUUGAUCGACCAUGGAAUGGAUCUUGUGGAGUUGAUUCAGCUAAAGCUGGAGACAAUGCGCGAGUGGGAAGUCAUCACGCCCGCUUCGUUAGGGAUCAUCACGUUCAGAUAUCAUCCGGAACUGAGGAAGAGGCAGGAGAAGACGCUGGAGAAGCUGAAUGAGGAUAUCUCCAGGAUUCUGCUGGACACGAACACGGCGGCUGUUAUGACGGUUAAGGUGAAUGAUGUUUUGGCAUUGCGCAUUUGUUGCACGAAUGUACGGUUGACGGAAGAGGAUGUGCUAGAGCUGGUGAAGAGUAUGGAUGAAGUUGCGAGGAGACUGAAUAUGUGCAUGAAUUAG